AUGGAUCAAGGUGAUCAUAACGAUACACUCAGCGAAAACAGUCAUGAUGACCAACCAAGAUUCGCAGAAGGAGAGGAGGGGGGAGGGAGGGAGCAAUGGUGCUUAGGCAUGUACUCGGACUCUGAAAUAUCCACCAUCACACGCCUGUCCGUGCAGGAGCUCGCGUUCGGGUUCAAUGCCGCCCGCCAGGCCGUGAUCCUCCGCAUCGACGUGGAAGGCACCUUCAAAAGAGGUACGGUAUCGAGGAGGGUGCCGAUUGACCGGCCAGCCUUGAGGAGCGCGUUGGAUAUAGAGUCGUUCUUGCGAAUCUGGGCUGGGCGUGCGAAAAGGAAGGAUCUACCAGCUGAUUGUAUGUAUGCGGAUAUCAGUCGCGGCGAUCCGGCCGACAAUCAUCACUUCCAACAAGAAAGAAAUCGCAUUGGUGCGGACGUGAACGAUUCCCUAGGGACUCAGGGCGGACUCGGCCUCGAUUCAUCAGGUUGUCGCCACGAUGCACCACCACCGGGCGGACGCCACAGGGCAAAAGGACUGGAUGGAAUCUUGUCAUCUGGUGAUAUCAUAUGUACAAGCGCACGAUUGCCAGACAAGACGGUGGACGUUGACUCAAGUACCUGGCGCUUGUGCACGCUCUUGCCACACAGCACAACCGCGGCCAGCCACGAGCAUAAUCCUGCUGCCAGCUGUAGUGAUGUUUUCGAUGCCAAGAUGAAUUUCCCAAGCGCCAAAGGCUACCACCAGCAGGCCCGACUCCUGGAACAAGAUGAUGUGUCAGCACCCUCUUGCCAUCCAUGGAUAUCACUCUUUCCUGCUUCUUACACACCGUCGCUACCAACACUUGGAGCAGCAGCAGCAGCCUCUGACUCCCGUGCUGUCUUCCACACUGCCCGCACGAUCGUCGUCACUGAUUUUCUAUCCCUCUCCUUAUCCUUACCCAGCACCAACACAAUCACUCGACCAUUCUCCCACCUCCGCCAAAUCCCUCGCUUGUCCCUUCUUAGCCUGGCUAUUGGCGGCGUGCUGCAUUGGCAAAACGUUGUUUUCGUCUUCACCGUGACGCCUAGUCGUGACUCCAAUCGAACACACUCCACCCCCAACCGACUGGAGACUGCCAAGGUAAAGAAUGGUGAUCUGGCGAUGGAAUCGGGAGCAAUGCUUUCGACAGGAUAUGGGUCGGCCUUCAGCAGGUCAGUAUCAAAGCAAGAUCAGUUUCCUUUCUUUUUCCAUGAAGACGUAAAGCCGCGAAGGAGCGCUCAACGUAAGCAGGCCAAUUUUGGCGCCGAAGAUGCCGGCGGCUUAGAGCAGAAUCGCGAGGAUCCGAGCAACGACGAUGUCGCUGCAGUGCUCCAUUGGACCAUUCACAGUGUGACGACUGUCGUGAACGUUAAUAUGGUCGUGGAGGACCUUGACGAGGUUGCGAUGGCCUGCGUGGGAACACCGAGAGCAGUGUGCUUCCCGAUCGUUCGUCCAAACGGCGUGAGCGCGGGUGGUUAUUACGACCAAUCUCGCGGACGCGGGGAUAGAGGCGGCAAAGAUGUUCUUUGCUGCUCAGAUGGGAGAAUGAAGCAUCCCAGGCACUUCCGCGCUCUUCACAAAUCGACAUGCACUCGCUCGCUGAUCAAUCUUCAGCAUAGAUGGCAUCCAACACGCCAGCAAUGCCUUCACGCGGCCCGUCGGCGGUGGGCGUACCAGCGACGCCAGAUUGCGAUGAGGAAUAUACGCUGCAUUAUGGUCCGUUGUUCGCAUCGCUACAUUCGAACAGCAGCUGAUGCAUUCGCACAGCACUCCUGCACCGUUCAAGAGCAACUGCUGGCGAGUCUCUCACCCCGAGAGUUGGUGGUAUACAUGCCAGAAACCCACUACUGUCAGCGCAUUGCUCGCGGCAAGUUGGAAGUUACCACUUGUCCCUUCACUCUCCGACCUUUUCCUCUGGCUGAUCCUCUUCAAGCAGCCCAUCCGCUCCCAACGAUUGCCGACACGAGGCAGAAAGAGGAAGCCACCUCUCCACCAUCCAAGGCUUUCAAAUCUGCUAAUCACUUUCUUCUGCAGUUUCUCUUGACCAUAGUCCUGUUGGGUUGGCUUCUUCGGAACGUUCGAGCAUCUUGCUAUUGGCUUGAAAGUGUCCCGAUGCUGGCUCUAUGCGUUGUAAGAGUUGGUAAUAACAGCCUAGAGAUUGACUUGCAAUAUUCGGUACUGGGAGCGCAGGCCAACGGCGAGGAAGUUCUACAUUCGCGACAGAAUUAUUCGGGACGGGAAGGAGCCGAGCCUCCAACCCCCGGCUCUCAAAAGAUGACCGAGUCCACGCAGCUUAUGCCCACAGCCAAUAUUGUCCACAGCACAGCUUCCUUACGUCUACACGUCCUUGCGCUCGUCGAGUAUGCGACGACUCCCCUGCCAACCACCAAGUCCUCCAAGUCGCACAGCAUGCCACAGUGGCCGCAGAAAUUGCACGAAGCAGCAGAGACAUGGACUCCUUCGUCUGCUUCACCAAUAUCCGCUAUGGCAGGCAGCGAGCCACUGGCCAGCCUGGACGGCUCCGAAGAAGAUGUUGACAGCCUUUCCAGCUACACCGUAUACUCGUCCGCCGACUCCGACGACGACUCUCCUGCCGCCGACGAAAAGCGCAGAAUCCGAAAAGAACUUGAUGAUGCCGCUUUUGCUAAACUCGCGGAUCAAAGGGGCGAGGGGGAAAGGACUUUGAAGGAAAGGGCCAAGGAGCGAGAGCAGCGCCGUAGAGAGAUGCUCAUUGCCACGGCCUUCCCGUCCACGGUCAUACCAGACAGAGAACAACAAGCAUCUCAGAGAGACCGAGUCGAAGUGCUCGAGGAGUACUACUACGAUGCUGAGACUCAUAAAGCCCGCCAGCGCCCUUUGCUUCAGGACCACACAGCGCCUAUAAAGGCUGGCCAAGAGCCUCAAGCAUCUGUGCUAUCCAUUGAACCUUGGAAUUCAUCGGCACAACCUGAUCCAAGGCCAGUCGAUGACCCUUCUAUGGGAAUGGAUAAGGAUCAAGUGAUGGCACGCUGCGGGCAAACGGAGCAUCUAAGGAGGGGCAAGUUAUGCAUGGCUCAAGAUGGCGGAGCAGGACAAGUAAGUGAAGACGUGAGAACGUUUUUUACAUCCCCAAUUCAUCUAAUCUUUGCUCAGUGUAUUCUCAUUAGUAUCGAUCUUGACCGCCUUCGCCUUCACCUCCACCUCCACCUCCACAUAACAUACGGCCGACGCGUGACUUCGCGGCAGCGUCGCGGAUGCAACGGCCAUGCGACGCGGCCGCGCGGAAGACGCCGAAACCGAUCAAACAAUAUCAAACCUCCAUUCGGAAUAACACUUAACAUUCAACAUCAAUAUCUCAGCGGCUGCAAUCAUAAGGUUGCUGCAAGCAUAAGAACAUGGCUCGAGAGGUCGCCACCUGAACUCACCUGCUUAACCACGGAAGUUGAAGUGGUCACCAAGCACAGCUUCAUUCCGACUGCACUGGCCGUGUUCCUCUUCGGAACCACCAUCAUUUCAGCAUCUGUUUCGAAUCUCGACUCUCGUUCUGACAAGCAUUCAGCGACCCAGAAGUAUACACCAUCGCAGAUCUACGACGGACUUCGUUCUUCACCCUUCAACGCUACGAAGAAGUGCAUCAAAGUCGUCAUUGAAGCAAGCGCCAAUUACCUCUACGCCGGCUUCAGCUUCAUCUCAGACCGCGCGGCAGAUUCAUACGCCUUCACAGAGACCGGUAUAGAGUGGGAUGAGAGGUUGAAUUGCAGAAGUACUCUUUCGGCCAUGAAUGUACGUGAGAUGCUGUACAAAUUCGCAGCAAUCGCAGAAGAAUUUCCAUGGGCUCUGACCGAAGGGAGAUAUUUCAUGAAGGCAAGGAAGAGGGGAAAGAUUGUCCUGAAGAUGGGGUUGAAGCCGAGAGAGAGCUCUUGCGUUUGGUCUGGGAGGUUCCUUUAUGCGCGCGCUGAUGACCGCCCUAUUGACCAUCAACUCACGCACAUACGUGCUGGCAACAGCCUUCUCCAGCUUUUGUGGUAUCCCUUUGAGAUUCCCUUGCUCUGCGCACUCGUUCGGUUUCCGCUUCUUCUAAGAUUUCAUCGCGAUCGAACUUGGUUGACUCGCCUGUUCUCGCCAGUGUUCGCCCAUGUCGGAAUGAUAUCCCAUGGCCACCGAAAGGCCAGCCCAUGCAGUAAUCUCGUGAGUAUGCACGUCUGCUUCACGAACAGGUCUGCGCCUUUCGGAUCAACUCACUCUCAUACCAGUUUGAGACAGCGUUUCCAGCUAUCAAGAGCUUAUUCGGUAUGUUCAAAGUUCCUCAAUAUCCGAUCGGCACCUCAUCGCCACGACGAAGAGAAGGGAUUGGCCUGCGAUAGAAUGGCGCUCCGGGGUUCUCGCGCACGCUGGUCUGGUUUGGCUUUCCCACUGCUGAAUCCAGCUUUGAAAUCGCGGCCUGCCAUGCUAAAUGCCUCCGGAAAGAAGAGGAGAGAAGGGUGGCCUGAUCCUGGUCGAGCGGUAGAUACAACAUCUUUGGGAGGUGUACUUGUCAAUGCUGUCCCGCCCACGCCACCGACCUUGCGAGACAGCAGUAUGCCACUCACAGUACCAACAGUCCGCCGUGUGGAUCCUGUGUACACCACAUAUGUACGCCCGUACAGAUGCACAACACGAUCGUCGCGCAGAUGGCUGCGAGCACUGAAUGGUGGCCUUGGCCGACUAACACCGCAGGAUACGAGCGAGGCACGCACGGUGUGGUACCUAUGUCUGAGGAUGGAGGACAGAGGGCCACGGUGUCGCCGGCAUAUACAUCUCUGCAUAUACCCAUCCACGCCGGAACAGACCACGCUUAUUCAUGCCAUCGGAUCUGGAAACAUCAAGGUGCACACCAAGCUUGAACGAACCAGGCCAGGUGCAAGAGUCGAUCAGUGGAACGCCCAAAAUACAUCUUUCCCAACGCCAGCGGCAAGCCUUUCACCGCCAAGACCCUGCUUUCAGGAGAAGCCCAAGGGCUCCACCUCUCCAGACCUUGCACGACAAGUUGAAAAGCGGCCUGUUAUCAAGCAGAUGGGUGAACAUUGGCUCCGAUGGAAACUUCUCGCACCGAACCAUCGCAUCACACGCAGUGUGAUCGCCACACUCGUUCUCCCCUUGGGCAGAGAAGCUAGUUUACCUGGGACAACCCUCGUUGCCUCCGUCUCACCUUUUCACCUUUCAAUAAAGAUCAUCAUCAACCAUUCUCCGCGUAGCGAGGUUCCGGGUGGGUUGGCUGUAUGGCUGUGGAGCCAAGAGCACCUGGAUGAGCACAUUAGCCGGCGAUUUGCACUGCCGGCCUACCAGCUUGUUCUUUCGUGUAGUGAAAGAGCAGCCGAAGAUCCACUGAACCGUUCGCCGUGCAUUCCAUAUCUUGUUGUGGGAGUAGGUACGUACAUCAAGGCAAGCGAUUGCUUUACAGCUGACUACCGCGAUGAUUUGGUGUCGCGAAAGAGGGCGUCCAUUUGGGGCUUGGGGUGGCCUGACGAGAUGGAAAGUAGAUAUCCUACCGCUGCGCUCAAUGUAAUUAAUUUUGCUCUAGUGCGAUCAAAGAGCUUUUCGGAACUGGCGAGGUUUUUGGGAUUGGCACUACCUCCUCGACUUGCUACUUGGCUAAGCUUGCAUCUGGCCAAGCUUCUUGUCUGGCGGCUUUCAACAUUGAAGCGCUCUCAAUAUCCGCGAUACGAACAGGAUGCUGAAGCAUGCGUAAAGAAAGCCAGCCUCAACGUUCGACUCACGCCCAAAUCCGUUGAGCCGCACCACUACCGCGAGAGCAUUCGUAGAGCUGGACUUCAAUCCUUCGAUCCCAACUUUGACAUAGCACCAGGCCAAUGCCAACCGACUUUUUCAAAUAAGAACUUAGUCCUUCUACCUUUUGAAAUCACAGCGGCGAGAGUUUGCGCAAACCAAAUCAGCGAGCAGACGCAUUCCGAACGUAGAAGAGUCUGGCUACGAGUUCUAUCCGUACGUACAGGCUUCCCAAAUCCCUUCCAAUCUCACUCAGUCAAUCUUUUGAACCUGAUUCCAAUCAUUUCGUCUAUACAGCCCGACGCCUUAGUACCACAACCCAUGUCCGUCCUCGCUGCCAGAAAUACAAUCUCAAAGAAUCAUCCCCGCUAUCCAUUCUCCCCGCUUAAAUCCAACUCCUUAUCCCUUCUUCUGCAAACUCGAAUCACUGAAGCCCCGCUUAUGACUCGGAACGAAGGUCUCUUAGCUAAUUUGGGGCUUAAGAGGGAGUCUUUUGCUGCUGGUGUAGACUGCGAUUGUGAUUUGGACUGCAAUUUUGGUAUUCGGGUAGGUGUUGGGGUUGGUCUUGUUGACCGGGAGGCAUUGUCUAAAAAUUUUCUUGAUUUUGGGAAUUUCGUACGAGGUUGGAUAGAUGGGAGGGAUACGAUAAUAGGAUUUCGAGGAAUCCUGGGGGGUAAGGAGUUGACUAGGAGGCUCGAAAUUUCCGUAUUUCCAAGGCACUUAUACAAUGUGGCCGGGGAUCGCGAACAUCAUUCACCACCGCCUGAAGCGCCUACAAGCAAGACGUUGUGGAAAGACCGCCUAAUCAUUGCUCACAGGGCCGCAUUUCGCAUGGCAGACGCGCAUGACUUCGUGUCGAAGAUUGCCAGCAUUAUUCACGAUAGAUUCCAGGGCCGCAUAGCGCUGGGAGGCGCUUAUGACUUCGUUCCGAGUUCGGGAUGGGCAAACAAUGCUUUGCGAGGAGAGAUCGCCAGCAUCAUUCACGAUAACUUUCAGGGCCUUUUGGAUUGGGUGAAUGAUGCUUUACGAAGAGAGAUUGCUAGCAUCAUUCACGAUCAGGUCGAGUCGCCUUCAACCACUGCCAAUGCGGACAAGAUAGCAGUAUUGUGUCUGCGCAGAAACGGGGUAGAGGUUAGAUUCUUUCUAGAUGCCGCAGGCGCUACUAGUUCGGCGGUUCGCCUUCUUGGUCUUAGUCCUGCGGUGCUGGCCAAAGAAAGCAGAGCGAAAGCCAGACUCUUGACAAAGAGAAUCCUGAAGGCCGAGCAUUUGCUUGACCAUGCGUUGAGAUUCUCUCACGGCAGCGCCUUUGCAGAGAAGUACGUCUACCAGUUCUCAGAGUUUGAUGAACAGAAGCGAGUGGUUCUUCAGACUGGCAGCGUGGACCAAAUGAAGACGAGGCCUGGCUUCCUGCAGCCUUAUGACGGUUCGCGAAACGUGGGACCGAUCUAUGUCGUGGCGCAUGGGUCCGAGAUUUCGCUUCUGGGCGCAUCUCUGCAUGUCAGGAGGUACAGUGCCAUGUCGUUUCGUGAUGAAUCCUCACGACUCCAACCUUUGCUCGCUCGGUUCUAA